CGCAGGAUAGAGAGAGGGAGAGGGAGACAGCUGCUUGCUAUGAGAGCCAGGGCCACUCACUAUUACCUAUAUAGUAAUAAAAAAACACAGCUGGCUGCUUAGAGUUUGAGCUUCAUAAGUUAUUUAUUUAAUUUUAAACAGUCAACAUGGCGACGACAGAGCAGCAGGACUUCUCAGUACGACGAGGCCCGUCCAACUCGGUGACUUACUACGGGUCCACAGACAGCAGCGGCGAGCAUGACCAUCACAGUCACAGUCAUGGCAACAACCAUAUCAACCAUCGGUUACCCACAGCGAUGGCAGGUCAUUGGGUUGCAGCCAGUCCGGAAGAAGAGGCUCUUCGCAGGAAGUUAAAAUACUUUUUCAUGAGUCCUUGUGAUAAAUAUCACGCCAAGGGCCGCAAACCUUAUAAACUGAUCCUACAGCUGCUGAAGAUCGUUAUUGUCACAGCUCAGUUGGUGCUGUUUGGCCUCAGUAACCAGGUGGUGGUGACCUUCAAGGAGGAGAAUACCAUGACCUUCAAGCACCUCUUCCUCAAAGACUAUGACGACUCUUCAGAUGACUUUGCUGUUUACACGCAACAGGAAGUCUACGAUCACAUCUUCUAUGCAGUGGAGCAGUAUUUAGCCUUACCAGAGACCACAGUGGGACGCUACGCAUACGUCUAUGAUGUUGGUGUGAAUGGCAGCGCGCUCUCUCUCUGCCAACAGUACUACAAGAAGGGACGUAUUGACCCAGCUAACGACACCUUCAGUAUAGACCCUCGCAUCAUAACAGACUGUAUAGGUGUGGACCCUCUGGCAAAGCCUCCAGGUCCACUAACAAACAACUACAAGAACUUUACGCUCAAGUUCUACAAGUUCAUUAAUGUCACCAUAGAGUUUCAGCUGAAGGCGAUUAACAUACAGACCAUCAUCAACAAUGAGAUCCCAGACUGCUACACUUUUUACAUAACAAUAGUGCUGGACAACAAGUCUCACAGCGGCAAGGUGAAGAUCCGACUACAAAACCAGGCGUCCAUAAAGGAGUGUAAAGACCCAAGCGUCUCCGGACAUGCUGAGAAUUAUGCCCGUGUGGCGUUUGAUGUCGCUGUGGCUCUGGUGUGCAUAUUGUCACUGCUGCUGUGUGGACGCUCCAUACUGCGAGGCGUCACCCUGCAACAGGAGUAUGUGCAGUUCUUCAGGGAGAGUCUAGAUCGAAAAGUGUGCUGGGCAGAUCGUCUGGAGUUCAUUAAUGGCUGGUUCAUCCUCCUCAUCAUAAGCGACAUGUUCACUAUCACUGGCAGUAUCAUCAAAAUCGGCAUUGAGUCUAAGAAUAUGUCCUCCUAUGACUUAUGUGGCAUCCUCUUGGGGACCUCCACUCUCUUGGUGUGGGUGGGAGUCAUUCGCUACCUCACUUUCUUCCAGAAGUACAAUAUCCUGAUCGUGACACUUCGAGCAGCGUUUCCCAAUGUGAUUCGGUUCUGCGGCUGUGUGGCUGUCAUCUAUCUGGGCUACUGCUUCUGUGGCUGGAUCGUUCUAGGACCGUACCAUGUGAAGUUUCGUUCUCUGUCCAUGGUAUCGGAGUGCCUCUUCUCCCUCAUUAAUGGGGAUGACAUGUUCGUGACGUUCUCAGAGAUGCAGGAGAGCAGCACUCUGGUGUGGCUAUUCAGCCAAGUUUACUUGUACACCUUCAUCUCCCUCUUCAUCUACAUGGUGCUGUCGCUCUUUAUCGCUCUCAUCACUGGAGCCUACGAGGCCAUCAAGCAACAAACCCAGGAACCCAUACACAUCACAGACCUGCACGCCUUCAUAGCAGAGUGUACAGACGCACCGAGCUCUGGGAAGUUCAGAGGUUUGGAGACCUCACCGUGCUCCUUCUUCUGCUGCUGUGACAGAACAACCACUUACGAAGAUGUCCUGUUGGUGAACUGAAGUUGGCCUCAGUGACAUCAGAUGCUUCACUAGCCCCCCCUGCUGACCACAGGGAUACACUGCACACUCCUGACACCCAGAGUCUUUGUACUUUACCACCAUAUCUGGGUCAGAACUCAGCACUCGUCUUACAAAGGAGUCGCCAUCAGUUGGACCAGCCCCCUGUAGAAGGAAUGUGUAACUUAUUUUCCUGUUGUUGACUCCAUGGAGAAGAAACUGAAGCCUGAAGAAAGACUGAACCUUCCCUCUUUGUAAAGAGGAAACUGCUAUUUCAUGGAUGACUUAAGCAUAGACAUUUCAAUGUCUCAUUCAGACAGCCCUUGUUGGUUUUUUUAAUACAGUAUGUUCUUUCUUAUGUAUUUGAUAACGCACAAUGCUGAAUUGGCAACAGGACCUGUUGCCAAGAUACCAAGUUUGGUACUAGUGCCAUUAUGAGGAGCAGUGAGCAGUGCAUAAAUGCUGCUGACUGUUCUUCAUUUUUAUAUUGUUCUUUUUUUUCAGAUUUCAAAUUAUAUGAAAAAAUAGGUUACCUUGUGAGGACAGAGUUCUUAAUUUGAGACACUUCACAACAUAUCCAAGAAAUUGAAUCCAUCAGUCUGUGGUGGAGGUUGUAAAUUUAUAACCUGAUGCACCAGAUGGUUUGUUACACCGUACCACUUGUGAAGUGGAAACUGUUAGGAAAAGGGCAGACACUUUCAAAAAAUGUCUGUCUAUCAAAUCGUACAAGGCAGCUGGAUUCGCAACACUGAUUUGUCCAAACCACUGGUAGUUUGGACAGAAGCACAUAACUUGAAGACUGACUAAAUGGAUUCUUGCCUCAUGUUGUGAUCUUGCGAAUCCAGCGACCUCUCAAAGGUAAGUUAAUUUAUAGAUGGAGGGUAAAUCCACCUUCUAGUAGUCUCUUUUUUACACAAUCAGGGUGAAGAUCUCAGAAAACAGGACCACAAACAGACAGAUGAGGUCUCAGGUGUGGUAUUGAUUUGUUUUCUCUGUGAGUUGCACCUACAGUAUAAUGUUUCAGACAGCACACACCUGUUGCCUUCGUGUUGUUUGUUCAUCAAUGUGCUGGGUUGCUGUUAUAGAUUGUGCAAUGCAUUGCUUUUAUCCAAGUAAUGAUCGAUAUAAUAGAAUGCACUCACUCACUAAUGAAGCACUCAGCCUUGCCUAUGGUUAGCUACGACAGGGAGUGCUGUUCCCCAGAUCCAUGUGCAUGUUUCUUUAAUGAUGCCAAAGUACAUUAUGAAAAACAAAGAGUCCAUCCGUUGUCUAGAUGUCCGAAAUGUUGACCUCCUUUUCAAUUCAAUUUCUGAUGGCCAUCAACGAAUUGUAUCUGACUUGUUUAAGAAGAAAAAGCCUUGACUUGCCUUGUUAAAUGUGGUCCAGGGUAGAUAAAAAGAGGACAAUUUAAUAAUAGAAACUUAUUUGUAGCUCUGUAGAAAUGUCAUGUCAUAUUAACUCAUAGUGCUUUUUAGUCUGUUAACUUUGUUAACUUUAUAAUGAAUUGUUUUUGUUUUUCUUUGUACCUCAUGAAACGCACAAUAGUUAAGAGUUAUUCAUACAAGACUCCAGAGGGUAUUUUUUUAGUAGUUCAAUAGUUUAUUUCUUUAGUGAAGAAGAGAUGAUCUAUUGUCCAAGCAUUAAUCUGUCUUCUACUAUGCUGAUGGACUUUGGAUCUAGAUGGCAGAGCUGUGCAGAGUGUAGCCAUGGCCUUAACUUAAACAUGACAUGCAUGCAUAUAUUAUCUAGUAUUACCUAGAUCUUCCUUCCCACAGUGAGCAGGUAUCAUGUUUUUUAUACAAAUAAGCUGUACUUGAACAAAAUGAAACAUAGUUGUCAUAUAUGUUGCCAUUCUACUGAUUAAAGAUUCCUGUA